AUGGAGGAUGAGGUGAGGAGCGCUAAAAAAGAAAAAGUUCACCGACAUACCUCCGAAGAAGCAAAAGCCAAAUCUGGCCUUAGCUUCGUUAAAAAAGCACCAUUUCGGCAGAAAGCCGAGCGAAUGGUGGACCAGCUACUUGUUUAUGGCGCUGUUUCAUUCUUUAGGUAUGCAUGCAAUUUGACGCUAGGGUAUGCCGAUUUGAAAUGGCGACGUAUCGGCCGAAAGUUCGUGCACACCUCCGGCUUGGUGAUCAUCGUCAUAUGCUUGGCGCUUGUCAUCAUUGCUUAUUCACUGGAUCUCAAUCAUGCUCUCAAAGAAGAAAUUCGGGUUUUCAUACUCUUAGCAAGUUCAAUGACGUCACAGAUCUACAUUUCCUCGGGAAUCGUUGGUAAUGAGCUGUUUCCGACCCCCGUCCGCACUCUUGGCUAUUCAUUCCUUCAGCUCUGGAACAGAGUUGGCGUCGUUCUUUCGCCAUUCGUCUUCUAUUCGAUGGAUCUAUGGAUUGCACUACCGUAUUGCAUUAUGAGUGUAUUCUGUUUGAUUGAUGCACUCGCAUUCGAAUGUCUACUUCCCGAAACCAAAGGAAAACAUCUUAUCGAGCAUAUGCCUAAACGUGAAGAAAGGCUACUGGGAGGUUCAAAUCUUACGCCAGCUUUUUUUUCACUUUCAAGUAAAACUCUAUAA